AUGUUUGAGUCAUCACUGCACUUAACGAAGUUUAAGCAUCGCGCCGUCAUCAAAUUCCGCGUUAAAAAGGGGAAAACAGCAAAAGAAAUUUUUGAAAAAACUUCUAGUGUAUACGGAGAAUCUGGACCGUCGUCAGCCACGGUUAAACGAUGGACACGCCUAUUCCAACAAGGCAGAGAGACUCUGGAAGAUGACCUCCGCUCGGGUCGGCCGAACACCGCAGUCACCGAUGAAAACAUCGAAAAAAUAGCAGAAGAGCUUGGCUUUAGUAAGGAACGAGUUGGAGAUAUUAUGCACAAUCAUUUGCAUAUGAAUAAAGUCAGUGCGCGUUGGGUGCCAAAAAUGCUCACGCCACUUGACAAGCAGCGGCGCGUUGAAACUUCUGAAGAGUUUUUAGACUUGUGCAAGGAUAAUUUGGAAGAAAUUUGCACUCCUAUUGUCACCGUUGAUGAAACGUGGAUCCGACAAUAUGACCCAGAAUCAAAACAGGAGUCAAUGCAGUGGAUAGAGAAGGGGGAAAGACCGCCGAAGAAGUUCAAGGUGGAAAAAUCGGCUUCCAAACUCAUGGCCACCAUUUUUUGGGAUUGCGAAGGAGUUUUGCUCAUAGAUUACCUUCUAAAAAAAACUACAAUGAAUGCAGAGUAUUAUGCUGGGCUUUCAAAAAAAGUUCGCGAAGCCAUUGUCGAAAAAAGAAGAGGUAAAAUCAGCAAAGGAAUUUUGUUUUUGCAAGACAACGCGCCGGUUCAUACGGCGCGCAUUGCGAGGCAAGCCUUGAGAUAA